GAAAGUGAACUUUGUCCCGAGAAGGAGAAAGGAACAUUCCCUGAAAAUGGAAAAAGAACCAUCUGUGGAAGCUCUAACAUCUGCCCAAGAGACCAUCAUCAAAGAAGAGACCAUCACUCAAAGAAAAUGGGUGAAGCUGGACCAAACCACUUAUGUUGAUCCAACUGGUCAAACAAGAAUAUGGGAAUCGGUAAAACGUACUACCAGAAAAGAAGGAGUUUCUGCCGAUGGUGUGGCUGUUAUUCCGGUGCUGCAGCGAACUCUCCACUACGACUGCAUGGUCUUGGUGAAGCAAUUCAGGCCUCCCAUCGGAGCCUUUUGCCUGGAAUUCCCUGCAGGUUUAAUUGAUGUCAAUGAGACUCCCGAGAUGGCUGCCUUACGUGAACUGGAAGAAGAAACGGGUUAUAAAGGGGACAUCCUUGAAUGUUCUCCAGCUUUGUGCUUAGAUCCUGGCCUGACAAACUGUGCGUCACACAUUGCGACCGUCACUAUCAACGGAGACCUCCCUGUUAAUCUGAAGCCGAAACAAAAACCCGAGGAAGGAGAGUUUGUGGAAGUUGUCACGCUGCCAAAGAAUGAUUUAAUGCAGAGAAUUGAAGAGCUGGUGGCCGAGGAGCACCUGAUUGUGGAUGCCAAGCUGUACGCUUACGCACUGGCCCUGAGGCACGCUUCGGACCAGCCCUUCCAGAUGCCCUUCAUGAAGUUCUAGAAGUCCCCGUCCUAGAACACCCAAGACCGAGAAUUUGCCUCCGAAUAAUGCAACUGAGCUGUUUCCUGCACACACACACACACACACAUAAAAUAUUUUAAAUUCAAGUUCACUGGAAU